AUGAAUAACAUCUCAGAAGAAGAACACCAAAGAAAAGUGUAUAAGGAUGAAGAGUUGAAGAAGACGAAGCCUACCUGGCCACGUAAUGCUGAUGAUAUAAUUCAGAAGGAUUAUCACCAAGCUCUACGCAAGGCGUCUGCGAUAUAUAAUGAACGAAAAGAAAAUGAGCCGAAACAAGCAAAUAUGAUUACUAUAAAGAAAGAAAGCGCUGACCAGGCGACCCUAAUAGACCAAUCGGAAUCCGAUUAUUUU